AAAAGAGCUCUUACAUUUUGUGGAUCAACUCUUUUAAAAGGAAAUAGAGGUGAGAGAAAUACAUGUUGAAGGAUGAUACUAGAAUCCGCUUUAUGAAAUGAAUGCAUGAAAUAACAACGGAUGAUAAAUUGGAGAAAUGUAAAAUUAGUAUGUGAGCUGUCUGUCAUCAGGAGAAGAUAGCUUUUUUUAAAACUUGAACUUUGCACAUUUCCCUCCUUCUUUCAUCAUUGGCAAAAAGAGCUUUAGGAGCAUUUUGUGCUGCACAAUGACUUAUUUCUUGUCUUACUGCAAAAGACACUGCAGUGCUGUAUUGUCUCAAUACCAAACUCUCCGAAAGGAAGGUUUGCUCUGUGACAUUCUGUUAAAAGUAAAAGAAAAUGAAUUUCCGGCACACAAGUCUUUGUUAGCCUGUUCCAGUGAUUACUUCAAGGCCAUGUUCAAGAGUUAUACCAAAGAAUCGAAGGCUGCUGUUGUUCAUCUGCAAGUCAUCUCAGCCAUUGGGUUGCAACAUGUUCUGGAUUUCAUUUAUACAUCCUGGCUGCCUUUGUCUUUUACCACCUUGGAAGAUACCUUAGAAGCUGCCACCUACUUACAAGUACCUGAGGCAAUCUGUUUAUGCAGCCAAUACUUGGCUAACAGUCUCAAUCUGGAGAACUGCUGUUUUUCAGCCAAUAUUGCGACAAAAUUUUAUCUUCCAGAUGCUGUAUCUGCAGCAGAAAAAUAUCUUAUUAUUAAUCUCUGGAAACUACUAGACCUGGAUUUUUCAGGUCUGCUGGAACUAAAUUUCUGGUCUUUGAAGGCAGUAGUAGAAUCUCCUGAUGUACUUAUGGUGAGAGAAUCUAAUUUGUUAGAUCUAUUAUUAAAGUGGUUAGCAUAUGAUAAAUUGAGGCUCAUCUAUACUUCUAAUCUUUUGGAACAUGUAAGAUACAGUCUCAUUCCUAUGGAAGAUCUGAGAAAUAUCUACACUCAGUCAGAAGUGCCUUUAACGACUCCUGUAAAAUGUUUAAUUAGAAAAGCAAUAAACUAUCAUUCACUUAUUUAUAAACAACCUAUCUUGCAGGAUAAAUACAGCACUUUGAGAAACCAAAAGAUACGGAUUAUCCUGCUCGGAGGUAUGAUUGCACAUGAAGGGCUUGUCACAGAAGCGAUGGCUUUUGAUGUUUAUAAUCACAAAUGGCAAAAUUUAACACAGUUACCAAAUAGGAUACAAAAUCAUUGUGUAUGUACUAUUGGAAACUUUCUAUAUGUGCUUGGUGGAGAAAUAGAAGAUAUGCAAAGUGAUCCUAAAAGUCCUAUCAUGAAAGUUACAAAUAAAGUCCAUCGCUAUGAUCCAAGAUUUAAUAAGUGGAUACAAAUUACUGGUAUGCUGGAAAAAAGGUGUCAAUUUUCUUGCUGUAUCUUAGAGAAUGCAAUUGUUGCAAUAGGUGGACAAACUGAAGACAAAAAAUUGCAUUCAUCUGUUGAAAUCUAUAACAUUAGUGAAGACAGGUGGGCAAAACUUUAUGAUUUGCCAUGCAAGGUACAUGGCCACGCUGGUACUGUUUGUAAGAAUACUAUUUAUAUAUCAGGGGGCAAAUACAUGGGUCAAAGUAACACAAGUAAGGAUAUGUAUGCUUUGAGUAAUUUUAAAGGGGAAUGGAGAAAACAAGCCCCAAUGAGCAUUGCUCGGUUUGGGCAUCAGAUGGCCACAAUCCGAGAUUUGGUUUUUACAUUUUUAGGUUUUUAUGAACCAUUUUCUGAAAUUGAAAAAUAUGACCCUGACCAGAAUCAAUGGACCCGUUUAAGGCCAUUAGUAUAUGAUCGAUAUAGUUAUGGCUUAGCAGUAGUGGAGGAAACAGCCAUCCUUAUUGGAGGGAAGAAAUGGCAAGAUUCUCAGGAAAUUCCAACUCAGGAUGUUGUAGGUUAUGAUAUUGAUAAUGACUGUUGGGAAGAAAUCUGCAAAAUUCCUUUGCCUUGGUAUGGAUUGCAGUGUGGAGUGCUAGAACUUUCUGAAUUACAAGAAAAAGAUAUUCAACAGUAAAAGAGACCAAAUAUUGAGAUUAUACCUCAUUGAACUAGGAAAACAAGGAUAAUGGAAGGAUACAGCAUGCAUUAUUAGGGAUUAUCCGCCUUGUGAUAGGCUGUGGCGUGGGCCCGCAGGGCCAUCCUGGAGAUGGCAAGGGACCAGCCCGCUGCUCUUGGCCUGGCCAUACCCACUCAGUCGGCUACAAUGACCAGGCCACAUCCACCCUGGCCCCACAAGGGCAAAUGAACCCCUGAUGUGGACUGUGAUGGGAUGGAGUGACACCCCUGAUUUAUAUGGUUAAACAUAGAUAUGUUACUGAUUAAAACAGCAAGGUAGCAUGUAUGAAAUUGUAUUUUUGUUGCUGGAGAAUUGAUUAAUCUAAGAAAUGUAAUGUCAAGAUUUUCACUAUGCUAUAACUGGCUUGAAAUAGGGGCAACAUUGUUUUAUGAAAAACAAGAUGCAUACUUCUAAUUUUGCAAUUUUGUGUGGUC